AUGUCCACUCCCACUAAUCUUAAAAAGAACAAUAACAAUGACGAUGACUCGCGCAAGUCACAAAAGAAGAGCCGUGACCACACCCUCACACGAGUGCGCAAUAACCAGCGCCGUUGUCGUGAGCGCCGCCGCCAGUAUAUAGCUACCCUGGAGCAGAAGGUUCAAGAAACGGAUCGUCUGCUUAAUGAAGCUCGCGCGGAGAUUGCUAAGUUGAGAUCUGAAUUAAUGGAGUGCAGGUCCCAUCGCCCCUUGGAUCCGGAUCGCGAUAAUCAACUUGCUGCGGGUGGGGGGAGUUCAGCAAGUAGUAGUAGUGGUGGUGGUGGUGGUGGUGGUGGUGGUCGAGGGGUUGACUCAAUAGACGCAGCACCUUGGAGUAUAUCUUUCGGCGAAAUGGGUGGAUAUAGACAUGUAUCCGGGCAUGAUAAUCAGGAGGAGGAGCGAGAAUUGCUUGACCUGCUCCCUUCCCCGAUUCCCGCUGAACUCGACGACUCCUGGGUUGCCUCUUCCACAUUCUACGAUCAAACCGUAGAUAUUGGAUACAAUAAUGUUAUGCCAAACCCUCCUCCCCUCCAACAAGUGGACAUCCUAUCGUCGCCUUCCCCAGCUCUCAUCACAAAACCUUGCGGAACAGCUGCCUGUGGAUCCAAACCCCCAGACGCCAUCGCCGCAGACGCCGGAGCAGCAACCACCCCGCCCACCGCAUCGCUCUCACUUAGCACGAUCUCAACACCAACUCUGACAGCACUACAACUACAAGACCUGGUCCUCCCAAAUAUUCCCGCAUCACUCCUCAUCAUCAGCAGCAGCAGCAGCAGCAGCAGCAGCAUCUACACCCUCUCCCCAGCCGACGAAUCCACAACGUCCUGCGCGCAAGCCUUCAUUUUUAUAUCCCAGCAGAACUUCAAGGGGGUUGACGCAUCGGUGAUUGAACGAUGGCUGUGUUGCGGGUUCCGGCAGGCUACAGAUCCUCGAGAGGGGUGUCGGGUGGAGAAUAACUUACUCUUCCAGGUGUUGGAUUUCAUCAGUGGCCCCCAGCUAGGGAUUGAAAGAAGUUGGAGAAAUUGUUUUAAUUUCGAGGCCGGAAUGGAUGGCGUGUAUCCGAAGGCCGUUUACUCGCUCAUCAUCAUAAACAAAGCGGGUGGGCUAAUAUACAACCGCGAGUUCCAGUCGGGACUAUUGAAGCUGUCUACGAAUGACUACCUGGUGCUGGCGGGGACGUUUCAUGGAAUCCACGCAAUAACCCGCUCCCUCACACCGCGCCUCCCCACAAGCCCCACGACCACUUCCUCCGCCUCAACCACAAGCACAGGCACAACAAUCCCCUCACACGCCCACGCCCUCUCCUCCUCUUCCUCCAUCAGAAGCCCUCUCUACCCCCCAAACACCACCAGCAGCAGUUCCUCCCUCCCACCCACCGGCACCACCAGCACCACCGGCGCCGAGACAAGCACCACCUCCGCCCUCCCGCCCAACACCACAGUCCCCAACCCCUCCCAACCCAUAACCGGCAUAGAGGUGCUCGAAACCGACAAGUUCCGCCUCACCUGUUUCCAGACGGUGACGGGGACUAAAUUCCUACUCUUCACGGACCCGCUGAUGGCCGGCGUGGAGACGGUCAUGCGCAAGAUCUACGAGCUGUAUGCGGACUAUGUGAUGAAGAAUCCGUUUUAUCAGCUGGAGAUGCCGGUCAGGUGCGAUGCGUUUGAUAGGCACGUAGCUGGGUGGGUCAAGGGGAGGGGGUAG